AUGUCUACUUCUCAAGAUACAAAUAAUGAGCCUUCCUUUCAUAAGUGGCGAAGAAUGAUCCCGAAGACUUAUAAUGGUGACCUUGACGUGCUCCAAAAGACGAUAACCGAACUUGCGACGGAUCCAGGAGUCUUAGAAGUGCGCGAAAUGAUCGACGAGCAGAUUCAAUUUUGCAAUACCGAUGUUAAACGUAUAACUCUUUGGCGUACUUGCGUUUUACCCUUCUUUCAAACACUCACCGAGCAGCGAGUAAGCCACUCUGCUAUCUUAGAAGCGCACACAGGGACUAUUUACAAUGUUGUUUUCGGCCACGAUGCGUCUCGUCUGGGAAUUCUCUUCAACUUCUUGAUUGAACUCGCCGUGAAAUGGACAUCGCCGCUUAUCAAAGAUGACGACGGACCAAAAGCUCAAUUCCUAGAACUUUGCUCCGCAAUAUUAGCUAAGGCGAUCAGUUACAAUUCUCAAGCACUCGUGAACGAGAAAGUCCCGCCAAUUGUUAGUCGAAUAUUGAAACUUAUCGAUGACGUUGAUAAGAGUGGCCGUAGCUUUUGGACUUUACAAGCGAGGAAACAUCUCGAGUAUAUUCAGCGUCGUCUUGGCGUCAUCAAAGAAGCCGCGCGGGAUGACGCCCCAAAGCCCCAGCCCCUUGGACAUGCCAAGUUUGUAUUACGUCGGGAUCUUCCUGGAACUUUGUCCCUGGAAGGUCCACGUCACGACAAUGAUCAUGAGGAUAUAACGAAGAUUCGAAUUCUACCAACAAUGUCAGAGAUCAUGUCCACCCGUUCGGAUUACCGGCCACUCCAAGAUCCCUCACAGCUACACUUGCCAGGGAUCCAGGGGUUAAUCGACCGCCACUUUCGACUUCUUCGAGAAGAUAUGGUUGGUCAGCUAAAAGACUGUAUUAGCGAAGAGAUACGUUUUCUUGAACAUCCCGAGAGCAAAGCUAUCAUCAACCCACAGAGUCGUAUUCGGACAAACUCAUAUAACAUUGUAGAUAUUGUUGACAUUAAAUGCACACGCCGAUGCGGAUUGGAGUUUCAUUUGAAAAUUGAGCAGCCCUUUUCUGCGGGAAGAUUGGCAAGUGAAGCACGAGCAGAUUGGUGGAACCUGUCGAAACGAUUAGAGGCAGGGGCUUUAGUCUGCCUCCUAGAGAAGGAUACCGCCGUCUUUUGCGUUGUAGCCGAAUCUACUUUGAGACCAGAUCCAACUCGCACGUAUACACAAAAGACGGAUAAAAAUAGCACCGAGAAACGUAACCUUCACAGCAAUAAGGAUUUUGCAUACGUGAAUCUGAACUUAGCCGAACCGAACGAAGUAGAUCUAAAGACUAUGCUGUCGGUUUCACAGUCUAAUGAACCUGUCAGGAGAUCCUUGGUGGAGUUUCCCGGCAUUCUUCUGCCCUCAUUCAAACCUACUCUAUUAGCCCUCCAACAGAUAUUCAUGACUCUGGAUCUCCCAUUUGCCGAGCUGCUUGCAUCUAGUGCUGAUGGGCCAACCGAAGUUAACAUCCCACCUCCCCUAUAUGCAACAAAGUCUGGAUUUGUUUUUGAUUUGAGUUGUCUUACGUUGGAUGGAAAAUAUUUACAAUUCUCCCCUCAGGAAGCCAUCAAUCCUGAGGAGCUUUGUAACAGAUCAAGCUUGGAUGAAGGCCAGGCUACAGCCCUCCUUAACUCCUUAAAAAGAAGCCUGGAACUAAUCCAGGGACCUCCAGGCACAGGAAAAAGUUAUACAGGGGAGGCUAUUAUCAAAGUCCUUCUAGCAAACAAGGAAAAGGCUAGCAUAGGCCCAAUACUUUGUGUCUGCUACACCAAUCAUGCUUUAGAUCAACUCCUUGAACAUCUCUUUAAUGGCGGAGUAGAGCAGAUUAUUCGCAUUGGUUCAAGAUCGAAAUCGGCUGUCCUUACAAAUCUAAACCUGCGUAAUGUGGGGAAGGAAAUGGAACGCACGAAAUCGGAGAGAAAUGCUUCAUGGAAGUCGACUGCAAGUUUAAAAGGGGCAGAGGACGAGAUGAAAGCAUACCUAACAGAACUAAAAGCCUCGACAACCCAUAAAAGGAUCAAGGAGCAUAUCAAGGCCAGUGAAUCGCCGUUCUACGAUGCGAUAUUUGGCAUAGAAGAGGAAGACUGGACUAAAGUUACCCGUAAGGACGACCUAGCUUACUUCCUUGACUGGGUCAAUGCAGGUUUCGUGUCAGAGAAACCAGUCGGAGAUGUUGGAGCGCUGAAGAGGCAGGAUCCAAUGGUUUUGAGCCAGCAGGAAAGGCUUGCAGUUUUCACAUCCUGGGGUUCUGUAGUAGCUACCGACUUAGGAGAUGAAUUUGUCUCUCUUCACCAUGACUAUCAGGAAGCAAAGAGGAGACACGACACUGUGCAACGUGAGGUGGAUCUUCGCGUUCUUCAAGAAGCUGAUAUCAUUGGCGUUACAACAACCGGUUUGGCCCGGAACUUAGAUAUGUUUCGAAAGCUUGAUAGCAAAGUCUUAAUUUGCGAAGAGGCCGGCGAAGUCCUAGAGAGUCAUAUUAUCACAGCGUUAUUUCCGUCGGUACAGCACGCUAUUCUCAUCGGAGACCAUCUUCAACUGCGCCCUCAAGUUUCAGAUUAUGAACUUUCUGCUGCAAACCCGCGUGGAGAGCAAUAUUCGCUAGACGUGUCACUUUUUGAGAGACUUGUUCAGCCAACACGGCCCACAGACUUGAAAUUGCCGUUCGAUAUGCUCGAAAUACAAAGGAGAAUGCAUCCAUCUAUAUCUAGACUAAUUCGAGACACCAUAUACGAGACUCUUAAAGACGAUGCAAAAGUCAACAACUAUCCCGAAGUCGUCGGCAUGAGAAAACGACUAUUUUGGCUCGACCAUGAUAGACCGGAAGCGCGAUCAGAUCCGAAUUUCCCUACUAAUACGUCUCGGACGAACGAUUUUGAAAUUGAAGGGACGUACGGACGCCAAUUGCACAAGCUAAGAAAGAAGCUUCAAAACUCAUUCGAGCUUGUUGUCGAGGCUCGAGACCUCGAGAACCUUCAAAAAGAAGGUUUAGAUACCCCAUUAGAGGCACAUAAGCAGGCAUUGGGGAAAUGCAUACGGCUUGCGACCGUUGAUAAUUUUCAAGGUGAAGAAGCGAAAGUAAUUGUCAUUUCUCUGGUUCGAAGUAACCCGGAACGACAAUGCGGAUUCUUGAAGACUACAAACAGGAUCGACGUACUCCUUUCGCGAGCGCAGCAUGGGAUGUACAUCAUCGGAAAUUCGACAACUUAUGGUGAGGUUGAGAUGUGGUCAAAAGUCAUUUCCAUGUUAAACGAAAGCGGGUGCAUCGGCACUAAACUACCACUUCAAUGCCCAAGACACAAACACACAACCAUCGAACCCUUGCAUAGGGCAGUCAAAUGUCCAGAACCAUGCCUACGACUAAAGUCUUGUGGCCAUAAAAGGUGCUCUACAAUCCUCGAGGGGCAUAGUGUUUCUCUUCCUUGUGGUCACACACUGACCUCACCUCGAUGUUGGCAAGUUAAGCAUCCGGGCGAGGUCAAAUGUCUCACACGUGUGGGGAAAGAUGUUCCGGGUUGCGCUCAUCAUGUUGAUGUUCCCUGCUAUGAAGACAUUACCGAGAAGAGUUUCGUCUGUUCGGCACGAUGUGGUCAACCUCUUCCCUGCGGACAUGUCUGCAAAGAUUCAUGCAAAGCUUGCAGGGCUCGUGGUGGGACUCAUUCACGAUGCACAUCUAUCUGUGGUCGAAGCUACAGCACUUGUAAACACUCUUGUGCUGAUCAAUGUCAUCCGGGUGAGAAUUGCGCUCCUUGCGCAUGUUCUAAACUAUGCUCCGAGCCUUGUACCCCUUGCAUGUUACCGUGUUCAUCUAGCUGUGUGCACAGUCAAUGCUCUAUGCCAUGCUCUGCUCCAUGCAAUUGGACGACUUGUUCUAACCGUUGCGGCCAGCGCUUACUUUGCGGUCAUCAGUGCCCGUCUCUUUGUGGCGAGGCCUGCCCUGAUAUGAAGUUCUGUCAAAUUUGUGCAUCUGGAGAAAUAAAAGCCACCAUAGUUGAUACGUUGCCUGCACCUGAGUUACGCGAAUAUCAUAAGAUCAACUUGGACGCGGAACCCUGCCUUUUUCUUGAUUGUGGUCACAUAUUUACAGUAUCAAGUAUGGACAGGUCGUUGGGAAUAGUAGACAUUUGUCGGAAUGCCGAUGAUACCCCUAUUACCAUGCAGGCUUCGACGGGUCCUUUUUCGGAUGCUACGAUUCGGUCUUGUCCACGUUGCAGAGGAAGCUUGCGAAACAUAUCACGAUACGGGACAAUUGUCCGUCGGACGUUACUAGAAGAGUCAACUAAGAAAUAUAUUACCUGGUCUCAUACCCAGUCGGUGGAACUGGAACGACAACUUAUUGACGAGGAGGAAAAACUUGUAACUUUCAAGAAGUCUGGCCGCCUUCAAGAGUCGAUUAGCAGAGUAAGCAACGAACUUUACGUCAACGGAAGCCCUAUCGACCAAUUACUUGCUAUCCACGAUUGGGUUGGACAUGAUCGGUAUAAGCCAAUCAUUCACCUCUACUUUACCAUAUUCGAAUACGUUGGUCGUGUUACGGCUAUGGAGAAGUCAUACCGCCAAGUAUAUGAUCUUAUAGAACACACUAAUCAUAGUGAUCGUUCCACCGACAAGUCUGAGUUGAUUUACUCAGAUAGACACACCCGUGGCAAGAUUGCUGCUCAGACUUCUCUAUUCCGAUGUUAUUUAGUAGUCAUAAGCGACUUUCUGCAUUUGAGAAGUCUGACUCGAUGUCAUACAGUGGUGAAGUUUAACCUUAAAAAGGCACUUGAGGAAUGCAAGAAGCUAGCCGAGUUAGCACAGGAGGCGAAAUAUAUUCGACAAGAGGCUGAAUGCCAUAUUUUCCAUUCAAAAUUGCACCUUUCCAAGGCAGAGGCCCUUAUUCUCGAGUUGCCAGCAGCUGCACAUCUACGAAGGGAGAUUGACGCCGUAAGAAGAAUGUUGGUUGACAACGUUUUCUUCCGUGGCGUCUCCAUAGAAGAAAGACGUAGCAACUGGAAAGCGAUGUUCGAAGAAACUAUUGAAUGA